GAACCCGUGUCCAGCGGCGUGCUGACUCCGCAACUCGCAGUAGAGGACUGCGGACGCGAGGUGUACGCCGAUGGACGGGCUCUCCACGCGUUCCGAGUGUACAACAAGGCCAUGCCAGACCAAGGCGGAAAGGUGGCAACCACAAGUGCAGGAGCAGCUCAGAAGUGGAUCUCAGCCAUUGAAGAGUCCAUCAAGGAAUCUGAGACUGGGGGCAAGCCAGAGAAAGCAUCUGUGGGAGAGCGCACUCUCACUCGCUUGGUAUCCAUUGGUCAAGGCCUGGGGGACAUCUUUACUCGAGAGAUGCAAGCAGAUGUGGACGUGGGAGGGGAUGCGAUUGAGACCACCAAGUGGAGAAUCUUCAAAGUGGCGGACGGCCUUCGGUUCUUCCACGAAGCAUCUGAGGAGGGCUUUGAGUCGCUGAUCAAGGCGGAGGGGGUGGUGGAGGCAUCAGCCGACAGCAUCUUUGAAGUCCUCAUGAGCACCAGCGCUCCCCUCUCCAUGCAGUGGGACACGUUCACAGUGGAGAACGAGGUGGUGGAGGCCGUGGAUGGCCACACGGACAUCAUAUUCGCUAUAGUCACCAACAGGCAGUACACUCACGGGAGGCCGUUGGAGAAGGAGGUGCUGGCCUCACGCACAUGGAGGCGCAACCACGACGGGUCUUAUGGCAUCACCACUUUCAACACCCUUCACGACUCCAAGCCCCCUAAUGCCCGCCGCCCGCGCCUUGAUUUCGCAUUGGGAUCGUGGGACAUCCUGCCACUGACCCCUGCCCGCCCCAAGUCGGGCCACGUGAAGUGCCUCGUGCGCCACGUCAUCGAGCUCGGCACCGCGCCCUCCCUCUCCUCCUCCCCCUCCUCCUGCUUCUCCGACAGCCCCGCUCCUCCCACCCCUAGCAAGCGCUCCGUCUCCCCCUCCCCCUCCGCCUUCGCCUCUCAGAGCGUCUCCUCCUCCGUGCACUCGGCUCUCCCCAGACCUGCGCAAGCGGUCGCGGGAGUGGCGAAAGCCGCUGCGGGGAGGCCGAUUUCGUUUAUCAAGGGGUUGAUGAGGGAGAAGAAGGAGAAGGAGAGGGAGAAGGAGAAGGAUAGGGAGAUGACAAAGUCCCCGUCUACAGGAUCUCUGGGCGUAGGGGGAGUGGGAGGGGGAGGCGGGGAGGUGGAGGAGGAGGCGGAUGGGCAUGUGGCGUUUGAGGAGUUUGCAGAUUCGUUCCCGUAUGCGUCGCUGUGCCGCAUUGCAGGCCUGAGGGAGUAUUUCGCAGCACAGCCGGCGAUGGAGGACCACGUGGAGAGGAACACGGAGGAGGUGGUUGCGAGCCUGAUGGAGAGGACUGAGUCGCUUGAAGACCAGUUCUUUGAUGCCGAAGGGGAGGAGGCCGAACCUGCUAAGGAGAAGGUAUCGGCCAAGGCACGCUGGCAGGGGCUCAAGUGGAUGGUGCAGUUCGGCUUCCGCCUGCGAUCCUUGUUCCUGGUGGAGGAGGAGGAGGCGGACAAGGAGCGUUGGGAGGUGCGCAGGGAGCUGCAGGCGGACGCCACACCGGCAGACCUGGAAGCGGUGGGGGAGAAGCUGCGGGCACAGGCGUCCCUACCGCUGGGAGUGGACCCCAAGGACGCCCACGCGUGGAAGCAGGCAGUUGCAGACAACUUUUGUGUGCGCGGGGCUACGUAUCUGUCUGAUGGCAUCAAGAUCCCAGCAGCCCAGCCGCUGCUCUCGCUGCUGGCUGUGGACUGGUUCAAGUCGGACUCGCGCAUUGACAAUGUGGCAGCACGACCCGGGUCUGUCAUGCAGUCGGAGGCGGGCAAGAAGCUGCCAUUCGUAUUCGUUCUCAACCUGCAAGUGCCCGGCAAGCCUAACUACUCGUGUGUCGCUUACUUUGCUGCCGACCGCCCUGUCAAGAAAGAUUCUUUGCUGGGGAGGUUUGUGAACGCGGAGGAUGACUCGUUCAGGAACAGCCGCUUCAAGCUCAUUCCGCGCAUUGAGGAGGGCUUCUGGGCAGUGAAACGGGCAGUUGGAACAAAAGCUGCUAUUCUGGGGAAGGCACUCACCUGCAGCUAUUUCAAGGGGGAGAACUACUUGGAGAUGGACGUGGACGUGGGGUCAUCCUCAGUGGCUCGCAGCGUCAUCGGCCUCGUUCUCAGCUACGUCACAUCGCUUGUCGUGGACCUUGCAUUGCUCAUAGAGGCACAAGCUGCAGAUGAGCUGCCCGAGUAUCUCCUCGGCACGAUUACUCUGAUGCGCCUUGAACCCAAGAAGGCCAUCGACCCCCCUCCUGCAUGA